AGGGGGGCGCAAGGUGCCGGGGUGCCGCCCUCCCCGUUCUCGCCAAUGGGAAGGUCCAGGGCGCCGCAGCUGUAGUUCUUCGGAACUCAUUGUCCUUGGGGGCGCUAAGCCCUUGAUCCCGCGGGAAAACUACAAGCCCCGGCGUCCCUUGCGGGAGGAGGUCCGUCCUACGUGCCUGGAGGAGGGGGGACAGGCUGUUCCAUUCCGCCACAUAAAACUGCCGCGGUGCCCGAGGAGCCGUGUUGGCUGCUAUGGCCAGAAGGGCUUUAAAACUUGCAUCACUUGCCACAGUAGCAGCUGCCGCCACCACUGGUUUCUAUCUGUACAGCAACAAGCAACUGGAUCCCAAUGAUUUUGGUGUUGUUCGAGUAGGCAGAGCCGUUGCCACAACAGCAGUUAUCACCUUUGACUACCUCACUUCUCUACGGAGUGUUCCACGUGGGACAGAAGAGUAUGAACAUGUCAAAUCACAGGUGCAUUGGCGUUCUGCAGAACGUCUCCGGGACCUGUGCUGUGCCAACCGGGGCACUUUCAUCAAAGUUGGACAGCACCUGGGAGCUCUUGACUACCUGUUGCCUGAAGAAUAUACCAGCACACUUAAGGUGUUGCACAGCCAAGCUCCACAGAGCAGCAUGCAGGAAAUUGAGCAGGUGAUUCGGGAAGACCUAGGCAAAGGGAUUAAUGAGUUGUUUGUAAGUUUUGAAGAUGCCCCAUUGGGAGCAGCAUCCUUAGCUCAAGUCCACAAGGCUGUGCUGCAGGAUGGAAGGACAGUUGCUGUAAAGGUCCAGCACCCAAAAGUUCAGGCACAGAGUUCAAAGGAUAUUCUGCUGAUGGAGAUUCUUAUCCUGGCUGUGAAGCAGAUCUUCCCAGAUUUUGAGUUUAUGUGGUUAGUGGAAGAAGCAAAGAAAAACUUGCCUCUCGAACUAGACUUCCUUAAUGAGGGAAGAAAUGCUGAGAAGGUGGCCCAUAUGCUUCACCGUUUUAGCUUUCUGAAGGUUCCAAAGAUUCAUUGGGAGCUUUCAACAAGGCAUGUUCUCUUCAUGGAGUUCAUGGAAGGUGGGCAGGUGAACGAUAAGGCUUACAUGGAGAGAAACUGCAUUGAUGUCAAUGAGAUCUCUCGCAACCUUGGAAAAUUAUACAGUGAAAUGAUCUUUGUGAAUGGUUUUGUGCACUGUGACCCACACCCUGGCAACGUGCUGGUAAGGAAGUGCUCAACUACAGGCAAAACACACAUUAUACUUCUGGAUCACGGACUUUAUCAGGUCUUGACAGACAAUUUCCGCUUGGACUACUGCCGGCUUUGGCAAGCCCUGAUCAAGGCUGAUAUGAAACAGAUACAAAAGUACAGUCAGCGACUGGGAGCUGGUGACUUGUACCCUCUCUUUGCUUGCAUGCUCACUGCCAGGUCUUGGGAAUCAGUCAACAGGGGGAUUGACCGGUUGCCAGUCACAGCUAAAGAGGAUGUGGAAAUCAGGACCAAUGCUGCUGCUUACCUACCUCAGAUCACCAAGCUUCUCAACAAUGUCCCUCGCCAGAUGUUGCUGCUACUGAAGACCAAUGAUUUACUGAGGGGGGUUGAAUCUGCACUGCAAACACGAGCCAGUGCUAGUUCUUUCCUCAACAUGACUCGCUGCUGCAUACGAGCAGUUUCCACGUAUCAGAGAAGCAGGACUAACUCAUCGUACAGAAAAGCACAGAUCUCUCUCUCUGAGGCCAUGAGCUUGUGGCAGAUCAACUUGUAUGAACUAUUCCUCCGUCUGAAAGGAUCCCAGCUGGGGAACUGGGUCAUUGCUCUCUUGAGCUGGAUGCACCAUUCUUCAUAGUGACAUAAACUGGUGGGAGGAACCGGGCUCAAUUUCUUCCUUGUCUCUUUUGACUGUACCACUCUGUUCAUAUUUAUUCCGCUGGAGUUUUCUGGGUUCAUUUUCAUGUAACACAUGGUGCUGUCUUUGUUGCCUUGUGCAGGGUCACUGUUUCUCUGGCACAAAGAAGGGGAAAGUGCAAAAUAGCAGCCACAGCUCAUGGGAACCAGAAGUCUUGUUUCCAGACAUAGUUCAGGGAGGUAGUUGCUUGGAAAGAAGGCUGCAGUAUUCAGGUCUUUUGGAUGGUCUCCAAGUGGAGUCUAAAAAGACUUUAAAAAUGCUAACUUUUUUAUGGGUCCAGAGUUGUUGUUGGUUUUUAAAAAUAAAGUAAUGAAGAAAAUCUUCUCCAGUCACAAAGUCUUGACCAUGUAACUUCUGCAAAAGACCAGCAAAUUUCUAGCAUCAUCCUACAAUAGGCUCAAUAGUUAUCAUAAUCUCACCCAGUAUUACCAAAUUGGAAGCAAUUUGCAGGGUACUUUAGUGGGAAGUCUGCCCUGUGCACCUGCUGAAAAGUACAAUCUGCCGUCCACAUUUGGUAAGGUAUAGAACCUCUGUGAAUGUGAAAAACUAUGAAUUAAAAAUUAAUUCUCUCUAGAAAUCUAAGGUCCUCCAUGCCUGAAGGAAGUUGACCAUAGCGUCACAGUGGAGGACCUAGAGAGAACUUUCAAAAUCUAGUCUAUGAUUAAUCAAAUCAGCAAAAGCCAAAACUACAAAUAUGGAGGGACGACUGUCCACCUUUUCAUCCCCUUUCACCUCUGCUUUUUUUAAAAACAAAACAAGAAAUUAAGUGGGCAAGAUUUUAGAAGCCAUGAGGUCUGAGUAGUCAGAGCUUGGAAAAGUUACUUGUGGCUUCCAGGAGUUAAGAGUUCAAAUUAAUAAUUGUCCUAAGCUCUAUGAAUGUUACUCCCAAUUUGGAGAGGUUCUGCAAUUAAGGAUUUGGGCUGAGGAUCUCUGAGUUCUCACAUCUGCCACAACUUAAGUGCAAGUUUUGGACCUUUCAGGAUGCUGUCUUUGCUUAAAUGCCUAGUGGUAAAAUAGAAGCAGAAAGACCAGCCUGGUUUGGAAGUGUUCAGAGAGAAGACACACGGUUGAAUGGCAACAUAUUAUUGUCUCAGAAUCAUUCACAAGUCAAGUGCUGGUUACGUGUGUGUAUACUGGCAAGAGGAAAUAAAACCGAGUGUUCUCCGUGAAGUGGAAAAAGAA